GUAUUUUACACUCCUUUGGUCCAUUAAGCGUAGAGCGCGAGUUUUAAGUUUUGAGUAGUUGGGGUGAUUUAAAAGUAGUUGAACAUGUGGUCCUCAAGCGAUUAUGGUGGUAGUAUCGGAACUACAAGUGACUUUGGUGGAGGUUAUAUGGCGUCUAUGAGUGCUGGUACAGGACAAAAGGUUCACCUUUCUAAUGACCAAAUUUAUGGGGUUAAUUUUUUUUAGAAGAUUAGUUACCAGGGCACUAUUGUUCCUUGUACGUGUGCCGAAAUAAUGGCCGCAAAUCAAGAUGGUGAUAAGUUUGUUUCUUCAUGUGGAAUAGAAUUUAGUCAAAUAUCAGUUGUUGGGAUUAUUCGUUCGGUAAAUGAGUCAAGCACACGCGUAGAGUAUGAGGUCGACGACUACACAGGACCGUGUUUGCCAGUAAAACUUUUUACAGAGGAUCAGGAUAAUACAUCUUCCGGCCUACAGUCUCGUCCAUUUCGCGAAUUAUCGUAUGUACGAGUACAUGGUCAUGUCCGGAAUUUUCAGGGAGUCAAACAUGUUAUUGCUUUCCGAGUCAUCCAUUUGUCAGACAUGAAUGAACUUACUGCUCAUAUAAUGGAAGUGAUUUAUACAAGAAUGUUGUAUGCGAAAAUCAAACAAGAUGAGAAUAAUGGCGCUAACGUCAAAAGUAUUUUCAGUGAGGUUGGUUCGCAUAAUGCACCUGGAUCUACUAGUAAUGGACUCACUGUCUUGCAAAACCAGAUACUCGCAAUAGUUAGGACGUUUGUUGGUGAGCGUGGAAUCCCUGUAUCCCAGUUAACGGAAAAGCUGCGUGGGAUACCCGAGAGGCAAAUAAGGGAGGACUUGGAUUUCCUUAGUGCCGAAGGACAUGUAUAUUCGACUGUGGAUGAUGAUCACUUCCGAGCUACUGAAUCAUGAUUAAAUCGAAAAUGUCUGUGUCACCUUAUUUUACACUAAAAUCUUUUGAUUGUAUAUAAUUUUUGGUCUUAUUGCCUAUUGUCUCAAAAGCAAGUUACACUGUUCAUAAUGAAAACAAUAACAUUUGAGUGUCAGCUGUAUAAAUUAAAAUAAUGAAAUUCGGUAACGUUAUUUUAAUUCAGUCUUGAUGUUUUAGUGCGUCCCUUCAUAAGUAUAUAGAGCAAUAUAAACUGACAUGGAAUAAGUUUAGUUACACUUGUUUGGUUCUUAAUCAAUUAGAUUUCAGUAAAAGGUUAUUUCUUCCUAACUUAAGCGUGACAGUUGACUAUUGAUGAAGCAAACGUCGCAUGAACCAACAUGCGUGGAUAGAUAUUUUAUGAAUCAUUUCAGAACCGACCGUAGCAGCUAUCAUGAUGUGAUAGUCAGACUUACAUAUCGU